UUGACGAUAAAAUAAUAUCGAUUAUUUUACAUGUCAAAUAGCACAUGGCUGAAUGCAGAUGCGUCAACAGUGGUACGUCACUAUCUCAGUUGCAAGAUGGCGAACGUGCGGGAUAGUGACACUUCCCUGUGGCUCCAUAAUAAACUCGGAACAUCGAACGAUUCCUGGACAACUGGUUCAAUUUGUACACAAUUAAAUGCUGAAGUGUUAAAGAAUAUUAAGGAUUGUUUUCCAGAUUUGCAAACACAAGUGAAACUAAAAUUAUUGUUGAGUUUCUUUCAUAUCCCGCGCAGAAAUGUUGAAGAGUGGAGAAAUGAACUGGAAGAGAUCAUUGAAGUGGCAGCGGUGGACUCGGACCUCUGGGUCGCCAUGCUGGCCGAGGUCCUCAAAACAUUCCCGUCACAGGGCACCCUUAACACCGAGAUAGCAGAGUUCGAUGAGACCCGGCCCAUAUUCAGCGACAUGAUCGGGGAGCUCCGGAAAGCCCUGGCUAAGCAUUCCGAACUGGGAUUGUUGCCAUUAGAGUGCCUAUAUUUGAAUAAGAAUGCCUUAGUAUCUGUGGUUGGCCAACAAGCAAACCCAGUAAAACACUUCACACUGAAACGCAAGCCAAAGUCCGUGGCGCUCCGGAGUGAGCUACUAGCCAAGGCGGCCGAGGUGCAGGCCAACCAGAAGAAGGCCCAGGCCCCAACUGUUCCAGUCCGGAGCCGCGGCAUGCCGAGGAAGAUGACUGAUACUACCCCGCUGAAGGGUCUCCCGUCCCGCUGGGCGGGGCGGUCUGGCGCGCCGGUGCGCGUGGCGCCCGCCGCGGCGCGCCCGCCGCGCAGCGCCGGCAUCAAGCUGCUCGACAUCGCCGACCAGCCCAUCGCUCAUGCCCACGCCAAGCGGAGACGCAAGAACGAGCUGGAAGAAGCGGCGGCGGCCAAGAAGCCCGCGCCGGCCGCGCCCGCGUCUCCGCCGCCGGACUACGCGCGCGGCCUCAACAACUACCAGAUGCCCAAACAGGAGGACAACCCUACCAGCGCGCCGGCGGAGCCCCCGGGCUCGCCCCCGCCCCCCCGCGGCGCCUCCCCGCCCCCCGCGCCGCCCCCGCCCGGGCCCGGGCCCGUGCUGGUGCAGCAGGUUUUACUAAUUACAUUGUUUAUUUCCCAGGGCACCGGUGCGAAACCGAUCGUAAUCGGCCAACAGGGCAAACUACUGAUAGCGGGCCAGGGCGGCACGAAGCCGCUACUACUGUCGGCGCCUACUCUCCUGAACACGUCAGCCGUGCUCCUGCAACCCGGAGGCAAGGCCGUGCUCCUGCAGAACAUCAAACCGAUGACGCAAACAGUGGUCCAGGCGGCGCGGCCCACGCUGCAGGUAGUGCCGCCGCCGCAACCACAGCCGCAGCCCGUGGUGCAGGUGCCGGGCGGGGCGGGCAGCGCAGCGCCCGCGGCGGCGGCGCCGGCGCAGCCGCUGCUGCCGCGUAGGGGGCUGUCGCUCACGCGUGAACAAAUGCUGGAAGCGCAGGACAUGUUCCGGAACGCCAACAGAGUCACGCGGCCCGAGAAGGCGCUCAUACUUGGUUUCAUGGCUGGCUCCAGAGACAACCCCUGUCCGAACCUAGGCAACAUAGUGACAAUAAAACUGUCAGAGAACAUCGAAAACGUCCUCCAGUCCGACGAUACCUACCUCACCAUGCUCUCCGAGAUGCACUUCCAGAUGAACUACAACAACGGGCAGUGGACCCGGCUCAAGAAGUACCGGCACAUAGACGGCAUGGUGCCGCAGAAGAUACCGCCCGGAUCCACCGUCAUCUCGGCCAAUAACCAGCAGCCUGUCGUCUCCAUAGCCAAUCAGAGUGUCAGUUAAGGUUAGGUUCUUUAUAAUUGUUGUUUUGGCCUGGCGGAAAUUAACUUUGGGGCAAUAUCAGAGCGUUUUAGCCUGUCUUUGGUCAUAUUUUUGACUGUGUUUCAACAUUUUGAUCAUAUUAUUGAUUGUCUGGUAGAGGGGCAUGUCAGAAAAAUGUCAGUUAAUCUUUUAAACACUUCUGAUAAAGCGAAAAAGCCGAUAUUUGGCAUGAUAACCAGCUUAACUACAACAACGGGCAGUGGACCCGGCUCAAGAAGUACCGGCACAUAGACGGCAUGGUGCCGCAGAAGAUACCGCCCGGAUCCACCGUCAUCUCGGCCAAUAACCAGCAGCCUGUGGUCUCCAUA